AGGGACAUCCAGUAAAUUUAGCUCAGAUGAUCUAAGAGCCUGAUUUGGCAUGUAAGUAUGGAGGAGGAAUUAAAUAGGAGGCCAGUGAAGUGAGAAUAGAAAUGGUUAAUUCAGCAAUCCAAAACACACUUUCUGGAUAAAAUGAGUUCCCAUGAGACCCAGAAUGGUAUUGAAAGGCUCUGGUAUCAGCACAACCGUCAGCAGUCAGGUCAAAUAUUAACUUUUGUUCUGCUGACAAGAUGCUGCCAGCACUUCCUUAUUAGUGGAAACAGUUGAAAGUGUAUGUGUGUGUACAGAUGUCGUGCUAAUGGAGAAGAGGAGUUUGAUAGUUUCCCAAGCAACCCAUAAAUCAAAGCCCCAACAUCUAUGGAACGCUGACCAAUCAGAGUAAGAGCAUUGAGUCAAGAUGUUUUACCUUUGGAGGGUUAUCCAGUUCGAGCUGUCACACGUUUCUGUGAUUUAAAACUGGCUGGAAGAGCACUCUAAUAGCUAACUCUAAUUUACUUCAAUUUUGACUAUUUGCUAUUCACUCUUUUGGAGGAGAAUGCCCCCACCUGCAGUAAUGGAAGCUGUCUUUGGUGGACAACUCAUCAUCUGCAUAUUUUAUCCAGACUUUGAUUAGUUAUUCCUUUCUGAAGUGAUUAACCUCUUUUCUGAGUUUGAGCAUCAGUGUUUGGGUCCAUUCCGGUGCUGGAGGAGGUUGAUGGCGAGGUUCCAGUUUGUGCGCGUCAAAGUGAGCUGGACGACACUUUUGACUCUGGCCCACUUCACAUACCUGCUGGUCGGGGCCACCGUCUUCCAGAUCCUGGAGCGAGAGGCUGAGAGCAAGAACCGAAUACACUUCCAACUGGAGAAGUUAAAUUUCUUGGCUAAUUACACCUGCCUGGACAGACCAGCCUUGGAGGAGUUUGUUAAGGUGAUUUUGGAUGCCUGGGAAAAGGGAGUGAAUCCCUCAGGCAACUCAACAAACCCCAGCAACUGGGACUUCAGUAGCUCCUUCUUUUUUGCAGGCACAGUAGUCACAACUAUAGGCUACGGCAACCUCUGCCCCAGUACGGUGUCUGGUCAAGUGUUUUGUGUGUUUUACGCGCUGUGUGGAAUCCCACUGAACCUGGCCUUCCUCAAACAGCUGGGGAAGUGUCUCACCAUCCACCUGGGUCGCCUGGAGAGGGGAAUGGUCUCAGUUGUUCCACACAAGCAAACAGUUGAGGCUCUGGCAGUGAGCUUGUUCUUCAUCACAGGCAGCCUGCUGUUUUUGGUCAUCCCUCCUCUGCUGUUUAGUUACGUGGAAGAUUGGACGUUUGGCGAGGGCUUCUAUUUCACUUUCAUUACCCUCAGCACCAUUGGUUUUGGAGAUUACGUAGUGGGGACUGACCCAGGCAAGCAGUACAUCUCUCUGUACCGAAGCCUUGCAGGCAUAUGGAUCAUCUUUGCCUUGGCUUGGCUUGCUCUUAUCCUCAACAUGGGAGCCAGAAUAAUGGAGCAUGCGAUUGGCCUGACUCAUCCAGGCUUUAAAAAACAAGAGGACGAUGAGAACAUGCCAUCCAGUAAACUAGAAGACACGUCAAAGAUCUGACAGUGGACUUUAGACGGGACUAUCUACAUGUAAUAUUCACUAGGUAGAAUAUAUUUAGUGUAACUAAGUGCAGCAUGUGAAA